AGAAACCUCCUCCUCUUACUCCUCCACGGCGUGACUUUAACAUGGAGCUGUGUGUUUCUCUCUAAAGGCCGUGACAGCGCAGCUAAUACUCACUUAAUAACGCUACACUGCUGUACCCAGCUGUGUUUCAGAACCAUGGACCGUAGUUGUUGCCAGUGAGCCUCAUGGGAGGCAGGAAUAACGUUAGGCUAAGCCGGUAAGUCAGUGUUGUGUGAAGAGAGGUCACAGGAGGUCUCAGCGUGGAGCUAACGACACUGCUGCUACCUCCGACUGAGAACAGAGGAAGGGGAAGACCAGACACGCUCGGGUUAAAUGGUUGAUGGGCAGGUGCGGUGUGGGGCCUGUGGGUUGAAGGUGACCGUCAGCUGGAAUGAUGCAGCAGAAACGGAACAUCCGGAUCAUAGAAUGGGAGGACCUGGACAAGAGGAAGUUUUACUCCCUGGGGGUGUUCAUGACGUUGACCACCCGUGCCACCGUCUACCCAUUCACCCUGAUCCGAACUCGACUGCAGGUUCAGAAGGGAAAGUCACUGUACAAUGGAACUUUUGAUGCCUUCUUUAAGAUCCUAAAGGUGGAAGGAGUACGGGGACUGUACCGGGGCUUCAUGGUCAAUACCUUCACGCUGAUCUCAGGUCAGGCCUACAUCACCACCUAUGAGCUGGUGAGGAAGUACGUGUCUCAUUAUUCCUCCAGCAACACCUUCAAGUCCCUGGUGGCAGGGGGCUCGGCCUCACUGGUGGCCCAGAGCAUCACUGUGCCUAUUGACGUGGUCUCUCAGCAGCUCAUGAUGCAAGGCCAGGGUGAACAUCUCACACGCUUUAAGCUCAAGCCCAAGAUAGUGAUGGCCACGUCUAAACAUAAAGUGACUUUUGGCCAGACCAAGGACAUUAUGGUGCAGAUUUUUGCAGCAGAUGGCUUUCGGGGGUUUUAUCGCGGCUAUGUGGCUUCACUCCUCACCUACAUCCCUAACAGCGCCCUGUGGUGGCCUUUUUAUCACUUUUAUGCAGAGCAGAUGUCCAGGCUGGCCCCCUCCAACUGCCCUCACCUCCUCCUGCAGGCUGUGGCUGGGCCUAUGGCUGCAGCCACUGCCUCCACCAUCACUAACCCUAUGGACGUAGUGAGAGCCAGAGUGCAGGUUGAAGGCCGUUCGUCUGUGAUUGGGACUUUUAAGCAGCUCUUGGCUGAAGAGGGCAUGUGGGGUCUGACGAAGGGUCUCUCAGCCCGCAUCAUCUCCUCAACUCCCACCUCGAUCCUCAUUGUCAUCGGCUACGAGACACUGAAGAGACUCAGCCUGAGGCCCGAGUUGGUCCACACCAGACACUGGUGAAAAGCGGAACCUACAGGGAUGCUAAAACACAGUCCAAGACAACUAUACCUCAUACUGAGCUUCAUGGAUUGGCCCUCGCUCUCCAGACCUCUCUGCCUUUUAAACAGUUGCCUUUUGGGAUAUUUUAAAUGUGGUCAGGCUGCGUGGGUUUUACAGUGGGUCAUUUUGGUGGACCAGGGGAAAUGGCGGUUCACACUGUGAUCACUCUUUUCCUCCUUUUUACAAAGUUAUAUAUUUUGUACUGUUCUGUCACUCAUUCUUGGGCCUAAUUAAGUGUAUGUAAUGCAUACAGGUGCUUCAUAAAGGGCCCAUAUAAAACUAGUAUUUCCAGAUACAGUUUGCAUAUUUCUCUCAAAUGAAAUCUAAAGUAGGUCUUUCUUGUAUAUCUAGUAUGAAUGCAAACUUGAUCCAAAUACAAUGGCUGGAUAACAAGAUCACUACAGUUCAGUGGUUGAAGUUACAUCUGCAGUGAAAAUGCCACAGGGUGACUGCCUAUCAGAUCUCACUUUCCCUUUCAUUAUGCAAACAAGCUGUGGUCUGGUACCAGCCAGCACACAUCAAUAUGGUCAGGCCCCUGAGAUGUGCCAAUCAAUUCUAUUUCUAUAGAGUGGACCUGAGCCUUAAUGAUGUUACUCAUUAAAUACACAAAGUCAGGUCAGAUUUCAUCCACAAACAAAUCUCUGUAUCCAGCAAAUGCCUGUCCACCUCAGCAAGCUCUGGAUGUGGUCCCUGGUCAGCAACACAUGAUCACGUUUCAGGCAGUAUUCACUUAACAUGUAGUCAGGGUUGGGAUGUAUCAGAAGAUAAGUACUGAGAAAACGUAUGCAGAAUACACAAAUGAAGUAUUUGUAUUCAGUCCAGGUUACAUUUUGAAAAAGCAGUAUACAGAUUACUGUUACCUUUUACAUUUUAGGAGAAUACUUUUAGAAUACUUACCAACAAAAUUAAAAAAUGUCGGUCUUCAAAAAAAAAAACGAAUUUAAUGCUUAUUUAUUAUAACUCUUUUAAAAUCAGCACACAGCAUGUAGCAAACAUGCUCAUUAGACAGACUCUAAAAAGUGAAGUUCUGACUAAAGCCUGAGUAGACUGUGGUGAGCCAGUUAUUAAUUUCAUAGUUACUGAGCUCUUUUAAGGGAAGAUCAAACUAACAAUCUCCUCAGUAGGACGUUUGCGGGCGAUAAGCUUAGUAUUGGUAUUGUACUGGACUCUGAAGGUCGUGAGAGCAGCAGUGGACUGAAGCAGGCAGUGAGAGACCAAGCAAAGCUGAGAAUUUUUGGAAGUUAAAUUAUAAGCAGAUUUUUCAUUAAAUGUAUUAACAGAAUAAGUACGUGAAGAAAACUGCCAACCAGUAACAGUAAAGAAGCGUCAAGGAAAAAAAUUCCAAUAUGCCUCACCAAGACGUAUUCUAAAUGUAUUCUGAACACAUAACUAUGUAUUGUAAUGGAAUAUGUUACUUAAUACAUUUUAGUGUAGUCAGUAAUCAGCCAUCAUUAAUUUUUGCCCAACCCUGCAUACAGUGCCAUUAAUUGUUUUGUUUUUUAUCCUUAUGCCAAAUGCCAAUAUCUUAGUGCUUUAUGAAGAUAUACUUUGGAGUGUCUAAUGGAAAUUCAAAUGACUUGUUUCUCUGAUAAAUAUGUGACACUUUAAAUCAUCAGGCAUCACUGAAAUCAGAGGACUGGCACUGCUGGUGGGACGUUGGUCAGAAUGACUGUGGUGGUUACAAUGAAUGUAGUGUUGAGUCAUUAUGUAUUUAGUGCUAAGUGGAGUCAGUAGUGAAAUAGUUACACUUGUGGUCUCAUUAGCUCCUUUCCAUCUCACUGUGUUGAAUAGAGGGCCAUUUGUAUAUAUGUGCACAGGCAUUUAAGUCUGUUGGUGUCUCUUUCAAGAGGCCUUGUGUUAUACUAUAAAAGAUUUUGUGUGCUCUGGGGCCAAAGUUAGGUUUUACACUUGAAAUGACGUUUUGUAAACGUAACAUAUCUUUCUAUAGUAUAGGCUAUAGUAAACUGAUUCCUUCUGAGAAUGUGAAUACAUUUAUUGUGUUUCUUUUUAAUCUAAAUGUGUGUCAAUCACACUGGAGCUCAUUAAAUGAAAGAGUGCACUAACAGA